ACUCGCGUAAAAAGAUUUUUAAAAAUGAGAUGACUGGAUUACUUCACCAGUGUUGAUGUGAAUUGGGAUUCUCUGCAUCCAUUUCUUGUGUCGCUAGUUUGUCUUGAAACAUGUAAGGAAGAGAGCUUAAAAACAGUGUCAACGACAUCAAAUAGGUGUGAAAGACUGGAACAUGACCAAGCUGGUAAUUUGGACACAACUGAUCUAAAGAAACAAGAUGACGUAGGAAUACACAAACAACACACGCGGUCACGGACAUCGAGAGAGGAACAAGCAUUAAGAUAUCAUGCUAGCGGUUUAAAUAGACGGCAGCCAAAGAAACAAGACAACGAAGGGAAAGGACAGAGCAAACAUAAAAGGACUGCAGUAUUAAGGGAGCAUCAGCUGAUGCAAGAAUACGCUUAUGAUCAAGACAGGAAACGGGCGGAGAAACAACUAAACAAGAGUCCAACACAGACGCAGAUGGACGAUCUACGCACAGGUCAGGCUGAGCUACAAGAGGAAACGGACAGUGAACUGUCAACCUUGGACCAGCAGGAAAAGCUUAGCCCGAGCUAUUUUCAGAGUAUCAUCGAUUCAGCUACCCCCCAGGGAACAUUAUCAGCGAUAUCAGCUGUACACAGUCAUAGAUCUCCCCAACCGGCUUCCGUGGGUGCCAUAAACGUUUCUGGUGCACGUAACCCUACCUUUGUGAAUUCCACUCUUCACUUUAAUUUCAACGUGCGAGGAAAAAGUUCAGUUCUGCAUGACAAAGGAAGAAAGGGAAGUCCUCGAAAGCAGUUACGGGAAAGAAAAACUGGAAAACCAGAACUGAAUGCUUGGUGCAUCUCAAGGCUCUGUGAAAGGAUUUCUGACGAGUGGCAGAAACUUGCCAGCAUCUUGGGUUUUUCAGAGUUGGAGAUUACAGCAUUCCAGCAUGAGAACCAAGACAAUGUGAGGCGAUGUUCCUCAGUGUUAGAUACUUGGUUGAAAAGGCAGGGAAAUAACGAGGAAGUAAGACAAAUAUUGAGCAAAGCUAUUACGAACAUUGGACGAGGCGACGUGGCAGGGGGCCUAUUUGAACGACCCCUUUUACGAGUGAAAAUAUCAAUGACAUGGAAGACAAAAAUGGAUGAUGCUUCGGCAAAGGUUUCGAAGGUUGCAAAGGUUUUAAGGUUUCCAUUCAGCCAAAUGGAUGUUGAAGAGAAAAUCGGCAAAAUUCUUCAGGAAAGUCAGGCUAAUCUGUACAAAGUUGAGACGGGACAAAUGACGUUCACCAUUUGUGUCGAGAGUCAAGACGGCUUGGAAAGUUUAUGGCAUAAGUAUACCACUGGAGAACUCGCAAAGAAGCUAUCGGAGACUUUCAUCACAGAUGAAGUGACUCAAGAAGUGACUAUAUCAGAAAGUGACUAUAAACAGGCCUGUAUAUUCUUUAAAGAUCUGGAAAGUACCAAGUAUGAAGGUAAUGGGCAGGAUGCAAGCCGUAAGGCAAUGCAGCCAGAGCAAUUUGGAAAAGACGACUUCGUUAAGACGACUGCAAGUGCCAAUCCCCCCCGGCAAGCUGCUGGUCAAUCAGACGAGGCAACUAAGGCAUCACAUAUGACCGCAGAUGGUGAACAGGGCAAAAGAGGCAUUACGGAUUUGCCGCCCAAAAAGCAGAUUGGAGACCCUAACUCAGAAGGAACGGCUUGCAGGGGCGAUCCAGCCGAACAUGUUGCUGAUAGAUGCGAAGAGGAAUUAAAGACAUUGUACAAAACAAGAGGUAGCUAUGCACAAAUGAUGAAAUGGGUGGACGAUAAGACGAAAAUGGUUACGCCGAAGCUCCUGUCUGAAAAGCGUGGCAAAAGCUUACUAACCUAUGAAGAUAUUUUCCGAUGGAAAAACCAAGACGGUGAUCCAUGUGGAGUGGUCUUUCUCACUGGGGGGGAUGACAAAGACAAGUCCUUUCUGUUGGAAAACAUUACAUACGAUUGGGCAGCUGGUUCCAGUCCUGUGCUGCAGAAAUUUAAGUUUGUUGCAGCUCUGAAAAUGGUAGACUUUCACCAAGAGUCUGACUUUGUUGACGCAAUUUAUGAUCAACUGCUGAGCCAACGUACAGAUGUCAAGAGAACUGACUUGGUUUUGUUUAUCGACGCCAAUCCAAACAAGGUCCUUCUCAUUCUCCAUGGGUUUGACGAGUUCCUAACCCAGUACCCUGAUGAGACAAAAUGUGGCUCCAUUAUUAAGAUCCUCCAUCAGGCUGCAGCAAGGGGCAUACAGGUCCUAGUGAGCACUAAUCCCUCUAACUUUCGCAGACUGCUGGACCAAUCACUAGCCCAAGAGCCAUUCCUUCAUUUGACGGUGUCAGGGAUCACUGAGCAGGAUAUUGAGGAGUAUGUGAGAACAUUUCAUCCAGAGGAACCUGCUCAGGCUGAGAAUCUCCGAGAGCAAAUUCCGAUCGUCAGAACUUCUCUCUGGUUUGGCUAAGAGCUGGACGAUGCUACCCUUGUUGUGUUUAAUAUCGAGAGACUCGGCACUGCCCGAAACAGUGGCACGUCUUUUGGAUGAAGCACUGAAAUACAUAUUUACGGGACACUCAGACACGUCAUAAGGAGAAAUUUCUCAAGUAGUGAUUUCCCUUGGAAUGAUGGCCCUGUCUGGUUUUAGUUCCCAGAAGAACAGGCUUUCAUUUGAGGAAAGAGAGUUUGAGAAAGACGUUCUUGACAAGGCGCUACAAGUAGGCCUCCUUACCUGUCGACAGGUAGUUAAAACUCCAAGACUGCUCAUUGCGCAGUACAGACAUUGAACACCUUGCUGCAGCAGUGAGUCGAUUGCUAAGACUGGCAACGCUCAGUCUGAAAGGAAAUCGGUCUCUGGGCGGUGAUGCAGAGACAUGGGCUCCCAGUUUGAAACAAUGAAAUAUGUUCCUUGGCUGAACCUGAGUGACUGUUCACUGACAGAAACAGAUCAGCAACACAUUUGUACUUACGGUAAAAGUAUUGACUUCGGAUUUCGAUAUGUUCACCCUACAACAUCUUGGUUGCUUCGGUCUUCUUCAAGCGCCCCCUGCUUAUUAAACUGAAGUCGCCUGUCACCAAUCAGAUGAAAAAGAAAAAAUCGUACGGAAACACAAGAAACGCAGGCAUUCUAAGGAAUCCAUUCAGUCUAGUGUGAUUAUACGAAGAACGUCGACAAAUGCCAAAAAAGCAAUUGAUAGGUUGGCUUCUUGAAAAAAAGGGUUAAGCCACUCACAGUCCGAAAAUUAAAGUAAAAUACACGUAGUUCUACCGCUGUACGUAGAUUUCGAACCAGAUUGAGCUAAUCCUCGACUGCGUGUAUUUAUUAAAGAGGUGUCGCUGGCAAGCCCCACAAAGAUGAUUGGUGCACAAUGCCAUGCCGUCAGUUGGGUAUUUGGGUCUUUGAUUGAGGGGGGACAUAUAUUUCUGAGAUUUACUUUUCAGAGAAGUGAAUUUGCUUCAUCCAUGAAAGAUCACUCUCCCUCGAAAGAAAAUGAAAGCACUCUUCCUAAAAUUCUGGCGCUUAAAAAGGCAACACGUGUCUAGGGGAGCAUUCGUUAACGUUGCAGUCUGGCGCAAAGACGCUGAAGCGAUCCUUGGAGUGGAUAGAUCAAAUCAGCUCCUCAUCAAGAGCCAAUUUGGCCCCGGGUGAAGUCAUGAGUCUAGAACACAGAGCGGGGGGUCCCCUCAUUUUCGCUGUUUUCUCUUCAAUGGUGCAAUCUAUAUUCAGAAUUGGCAUCUUGGCAUGAACAGAGAAAAAACCCUUUUCGUCUUGUUAUAAUAGAUCUCCAAAGACAAAUGGCACUGUGUUCGAUUUGAACCCUUCCAUAUUUAUUUGCACAGAUGAAAUCAGAGAAAACAUGUUUUACCUAGAGGUGCUAUUUAGAAAAAAUAUAUCUCAUCAAGUUAUAUGUACUUAUUAUGCAGCGAAUCAAACCUGUAGCCCAUUGCCUGGAGUUACGCUUAUUUUGAUCCCGAAAGCAAGUGGUUCAAAGAUGUCAGAGAAUUACUGAACUAAAAUUUUGUAUAUUGUAGUCAUUAGUAAAACUGGUUGGGCAAACGUGUACAAUAUAAAAUCAAGCGAUAAUUCAAAGUACCUUUUGACAUAUGGCUAGAAGUGUAUAAAGAAUUCAUCCAAUAGACGCAUAUGUGUACAUUUAAUAAUAUCUGUUUUCGGAAAGGAGAUGUUUUUCAUGAAAUCCCAAACAGAAAUUCCGCCAUACGAGCAUGGGGUUUCUCUUUACGUUCUCUUUAUAGCAGCAGUCCGACAUCGUGUAUCGGAGUGUAUCGAUAUUUACUAUGUACAAACUAAAAGUUUCGUAGUCCUGAGGUUAUUUAUGAUAUAAGUAGCGAGAAAAGACUCCUGAUUGUACAUUUUAGAUUCAACUGAAUAAAUGCACCGGUCAAAUCCCUGUGGUCCAUGAAAGCACAUUUCAACUGUAGAGUAAACAUCUAAACUUUAACUUCUGAAGUAUUGGUUCAAAUUUUCGAAAGUUGUGCCUUGUACGUCAGAAAGCGAUGGGAGUUUUACUUUCUGCAAACCAUUCAAUAGACGAAUUGAUUUAAAAUUUCCAUAGCUUAUCUUGCUCUACAAUGGUAAUUGAAAAUACACCACUGAAAUCACCCCAAUUCAGUCCUUAAUCCUACAACGGGUGAAGGAUCACGGCCUAUUCGGGUUCAUGAUAGGUUGCAGCAAGUCAUCAGUGGUAGGUCAAAAGUUAAUUUUGUUUUGUUAAAAAAACGUUGAACUAGUGCGCGUCAUUACACCUCAUGCUUGUUGUAACAGACAUGCUCAGAUGUUGCUAUUGUUUUUGAAUGUUUUGAUCACGCUUUAUCACUUUGAUAUAUUUGUCUGUCCAGGACAUAAAUACACAGCUGACUUUUAAAUGACGAAAUUUCUGCUGUUAUUUUCACAUGAGUGUUUAUG